ACUAGAGAAGAGCAGCAACGAAGACUACGACAGCACGACGAUGGCACUCAAUUGGGCCAUGCUGACAGAGGACGGCCGUCGGCCCGUACCUCUACCCCACGAAAAGGUCUUCUUCUCUGUCGAGAAGUGCAGCCUCGCGCUCGAGUUCAAGAAUCAGUCGCUAAAGUGGUCCGCCACUGGAUCAGCCUUUGUGACCAAUGAGCGGAUCAUAUUUGUGCGCCAGCCGCCCCUCCCAACUCCAGCCUCAGCCGACAACACUCAGCUCUCGACGCUCUCGGUACCCCUUCCGAACUUUCUCGACACACGCUACCUGAUUCCCAUCUUUGCAGCCCCGGUGUACGAAGCGACGAUCAUACCCACGCCCGACGGUGGCCUCCCGCAACCUUCUCGGUCUUCAGGCAUGCCGACGACGGGCUUACUCAAGCUCUGGUUCACUGAAGGGGGCGGUAUGCAGUUCAGAGACGCCAUCGAGGAGGUAAAGAGUCGGCGCGAGGAAGGCGCGAGGCAGUUUGAGGCCCUGCCCACGUACGAGCCACCAGAAGAGGGCAGCUCAACGGAGCAGCAGCAGGGUGCCUCCCCAGCGCCACGGCUAGCUCCAGCUAGAGCGCCAGUGCGGCGCGACUCGCAGCAGCCAGAUGCAGAGGAUAUGGCAGCCGCCAGCGUUGCCCGAGACCACGAGGAGCGGGAGCGGGAUGCGAUUCCUGGACAGGAUCCCCCCGUCGCACACGCGACAUCAUCAUCUCCGACAGCGGAGAACCACGGCCAACGGCAUGAGGAGCUCCCGCCAGCGUACGAGGCUUAACGUUUGCACAAGGCGCAGUAAUUAUUAUCAAGAGUGUCAUUAAUACAAUUGAAAAGCGUCCGUAAGGGCAAGAGAGAUGACCAUCCG